ACUGCGCGUGAUGGGUUCGCGUCGCGGGAUUCAGCGCCCAGCCUGGGACUCCUGUUUUCCCGGUUCGGGUGGUCGCGGGAGCCCGGCGCGACCCCCAGCCGUGCGCCCCGCCCCGGCGCCAUGCACUGCGAGGUGGCUGAGGCACACUCGGACAAGAGGCCUAAGGAGGCCCCUGGUGCGCCCGGCCCCGGCCGCGGCCCCGCCAGCCUCGGCGCGCACAUGGCCUUCAGGGUCACCGUGAGUGGCGGCGGCUGCGGGGACAGGGGCCCGCGGGACCUGCUAGCCCGGCCGCCUGCGCCGCCACCGCGCGCCCACGACCUUCUCCGGCCCCGGAGCCCCCGAGACUACGGUCCAUCCAAGGCCGCCGCCGCCGGGAAGGUGAAUGGGAGCUACGGCCACUGCACCCCGAGCUCGGAGAAGAGCCUGCUGGACCUGGACCUUGCUGAGGGCCCUGGCCCCACCUGCUGCCAGGGCCUGUUCCUCCCUGCAGGAAGCCCGCCGCCCCGGGCUCACCCCCAAGCUUGUGAGAGGCUGCUGCAUUUCCCCCACCCUAACAGGUCACCCAGACCCCAGGCCACCUAUGUGAACGGCAGCCUCCCAACCACACAACACAUCAAACAGGAGUCCCUGCCCAACUACCAAGCCAUGGCAGAGGCCCGCACAUCCCUGUCUGCCCACUGUCGGGGCCCGCCGGUCACUGGCCUGCACCCAGACCUGGACCUCCCGGGCCGAAGCCUCGCCACCCCUGCACCUUCCUGCUACCUUCUGGGCAGCGAACCCAGCUCUGGCCUGGGCCUCCAGCCCGAGGCCCACCUCCCUGAGGGCAGCCUGAAGCGCUGCUGCCUCUUGGGCCUACCCCCCACCUCCCCAGCCUCCUCCUCACCCUGUGCCUCCUCCGAGGUCACCUCCAUCAUCCGCUCCUCCCAGACGUCUCUGGUCACCUGUGUAAAUGGACUCCGGAGCCCCCCUCUGGCGGGAGAUCUGGGGGGCUCUUCCAAGCGAGCCCGGCCUGGCCCUGCAUCGACGGACAGCCAUGAGGGCAGCUUGCAACUUGAAGCCUGCCGGAAGGCGAGCUUCCUGAAGCAGGAACCCGCGGAUGAGUUUUCAGAGCUCUUUGGGCCUCACCAGCAGGGCCUGCCGCCCCCAUAUCCCCUGUCUCAGUUGCCACCUGGCCCAAGCCUUGGAGGCCUGGGGCUGGGCCUGGCGGGCAGGGUGGUGGCCGGGCGGCAGGCGUGCCGCUGGGUGGACUGCUGUGCAGCCUACGAGCAGCAGGAGGAGCUGGUGCGGCACAUCGAGAAGAGCCACAUCGACCAGCGCAAGGGCGAGGACUUCACCUGCUUCUGGACUGGCUGCGUGCGCCGCUACAAGCCCUUCAACGCCCGCUACAAGCUGCUCAUCCACAUGCGGGUGCACUCGGGCGAGAAGCCCAACAAGUGCAUGCCGUUUCCACGGUUCUUUCAUGAGUUUGAAGGCUGCAGCAAGGCCUUCUCACGGCUGGAGAACCUCAAGAUCCACCUGAGGAGCCACACGGGCGAGAAGCCGUACCUGUGCCAGCACCCGGGUUGCCAGAAGGCCUUCAGCAACUCCAGCGACCGCGCCAAGCACCAGCGCACCCACCUAGACACGAAGCCGUACGCCUGUCAGAUCCCUGGCUGCUCCAAGCGCUACACAGACCCCAGCUCCCUCCGCAAGCACGUCAAGGCCCAUUCAGCCAAAGAGCAGCAGGUGCGUAAGAAGCUGCACGCAGGCCCUGACACCGAGGCCGACGUCCUGACCGAGUGUCUGGCCCUGCAGCAGCUCCACGCGUCCACACAGCUGGCUGCCAGCGAUGGCAAGGGUGGCUGUGGCCUGGGCCAGGAGCUGCUCCCAGGUGUGUAUCCUGGCUCCAUCACCCCCCAUAACGGACUCGCAUCGGGCCUCCUGCCCCCAGCGCACGAUGUACCUUCCAGGCACCACCCGCUGGAUGCCACCACCAGUUCCCACCACCAUCUGUCCCCUCUGCCCAUGGCUGAGAGCACCCGGGAUGGGUUGGGGCCCGGCCUCCUCUCACCAAUAGUCAGCCCCCUGAAGGGGCUCGGGCCACCGCCGCUGCCCCCACCCUCUCAGAGCCAUUCUCCAGGGGGCCAACGCUUCUCCACACUCCCCAGCAAGCCGUCCUACCCACCCUUCCAGAGCCCUCCACCCCCGCCUCUGCCUAGCCCGCAAGGUUACCAGGGCAGUUUCCACUCCAUCCAGAGUUUCUUCCCCUACGGCGACUGCUACCGGAUGGCCGAACCAGCAGCUGGUGGGGACGGACUGGUCGGGGAGACCCACGGUUUCAACCCCCUGCGGCCCAAUGGCUACCACAGCCUCAGCACACCCUUGCCUGCCACAGGCUAUGAGGCCCUGGCUGAGGCCUCAUGCCCCACAGCGCUGCCACAGCAGCCAUCUGAAGAUGUGGUGUCCAGCGGCCCCGAGGACUGUGGCUUCUUCCCCAAUGGAGGCUUUGACCACUGCCUGGGCCACAUCCCCUCCAUCUACACAGACACCUGAAGGAGCCCCCACCAUGCACCUGCCCGUCCAGCACUGCAGAUGCCACCUUGCCCACCUGCUGUUGCUCCCACCCUCCGUGUACCUAGUGGGAGUGCCAGGCCACAGCCGGAACAGCCAGGCCAUGACCCAGGGGAGCCAGUGCUGCCACACCACCCAGCGCUGCCAGGGAGCCGCCAUCCGAGCCUGAGCUGGGCGCACAGAGGUGCUCGCCAGGAUCCGUGGCCCUGUAAUAUUCCUUCGAUCGUGUCUUCCCGUUCCUCCCCACAGUGGUUUUGAAAUCACAGACCUCGUGUAUAUAAAAUAUGCAGAACUUGUUUUCCAUUCCCCUGCCAGUUUUAUAUUUUUGGUUUUACAAGAAAAACAUUAAAAACUGGAAAGGA